GACCACACCUUGUGGUGCUACUUGCUUGGGAGCGAGUAAAUAAACCAUCUCGAUGGUGUGGCAUGGGGAAACAGAAAGAUUCGCCCCGCUCCAAGCUUGAUUUAACUCUAAAUACCAAAAUUAACCAGCGUCAUAAGCGGAACCAAUGCUUCUCAAAAAUUGCUGUCAGACUGCUGAAAGUGCACUAACUCUCUCAAAGCCAUGCGUAUCAUCCAACGAAUUCGAAAACUGUCCUCUGAAUCCUGCCAAAGUUUCUCAGACCGACAAGAUCGGACCUCAUUGACUUAAGUCCUCUGCAGUGGAUGAACUGAACUGAACCAAUGCUUGGUUGGUUGGAUGGAGUGAGCACCGAGAGGACUACCAAUCUGGCCUGAAAUGGAGGCAAGUGGAUGUCUGCCUGUCCUAAGAACUCAAAGGCGUAGUCCAUCCAUUUCCGACGAAGCGAACUGGCCAAUGCCGUCGGAUGCUUGAGUACUGGGUCUUCUCAGGUAUGCAAGCAACCAUUUUCUGUUCACACAUCCAACCACCAAGCGAACCCUCUGCCAAAGUCAGCAGCCGUAGGCAAACCAAUUUCAGUUCCUCAGUUAAGGACACGAUGAGAUAUCUCGAACUGUUUCUCUUGGGUGCCUUGACCCUCAGCCAUCACAUCCUAAGAUCCGAGGCCACGAUCAAAAGAUGCUUUGCCUGCCGAUCCCGAGGAGAACAAGGCGACUGUCGGGACCCCUUCUAUCUGUCCGCCAAUUCCACCGUGGUUGAGAGCAAACGCGCCGGAGUGGAAACCCCGCCCUGUGCUUCCGGAUGGUGUUCCAAGAUCAUGGAGGGCGACGAUAAGAACUUCAAAGAUGCCGAAUAUGGGCGGGCCACGGAAAGGGAUUGCCUCCAACGGCCUCCCAGCGACCUGAAGCAACGUUGUGCUCAAGUCUUGUGGAAGAGAAAACAAGUGACAAUGUGCUUCUGCAAAGGCGACCUCUGCAAUCACGGAUCCACCGCCAUAGCCACAUCGUUGGCUCUUCUUGUCACUAUGAGCACCAUUGUGCGAUAUUUAUCAUGAAUUUCCAAGCUCCUGUUCCACUCAAAUCUUGUGAUAUCCUUGAAUAGAAACUUGUAAAACAGAA